AUGGCGGCUGUCCAAGGGAACGCGUCGAAACCGACAGAAAAUCCGCGUGCUGCGCAUGGAACGGACGACCUUGAAAAGGAAGCCGAGAGCGUCAAGUCACUGCCCACAUACGAUGCCAGGAAUAACGAUCCGUUCGGCGAUGAAGAAUUCGCAGAGGUCAAAUAUAAAGUGAUGACCUGGUGGCAAUGCGGAAUGAUCAUGAUCGCGGAAACCAUCUCACUCGGUAUUCUUUCGCUACCCUCCGCCGUUGCAGCGCUAGGCCUCGUCCCCGCUGUCAUCAUAAUCGUUGGAUUGGGCUUGCUGGCGACCUACACAGGAUAUGUCAUUGGCCAAUUCAAAAUGCGAUAUCCGCAUGUCCACAACAUGGCAGACGCAGGAGAGAUCCUCAUGGGUCGCUUCGGACGCGAGCUUCUUGGUGGAGCUCAAAUCCUCUUUCUUGUCUUCGUCAUGGGAAGCCACGUCCUGACAUUCAUCGUCAUGAUGAACGUCCUCACUGAUCAUGGGACAUGCAGUAUCGUCUUUGGUGUCGUCGGGAUGAUUGUUUCUCUGUUGUUCACCUUGCCCCGGACGCUAAAGAAUGUCUCGUGGUUAUCAAUUUCCUCCUUCAUCAGCAUAUUUGCUGCAGUCAUGAUCACUAUGGUCGCCAUUGGCAUCCAGCGGCCGGGGAAAACGGUUGACGCAACGGUCGACACAAGCUUCUAUAAAGCGUUUAUUGCCGUCACAAACAUCAUCUUCGCCUAUGCUGGGCACGUUGCCUUCUUCGGCUUCAUCUCCGAGCUAAAGGAGCCAGCGGGAUAUCCCAAGGCUUUAUAUCUGCUCCAGGGAACCAACACGCUACUGUACACUGUUUCAGCAGUGGUUAUAUAUCGAUUCGGAGGAAAGGAUGUGGCUUCUCCUGCUUUAGGGUCCACUGGGCCAAUUGUUCGAAAAGUCGCCUAUGGUGUUGCUAUCCCUACAAUUGUUAUCGCGGGUGUCAUCAACGGCCAUGUUGCGGUCAAAUACGUUUAUGUGCGGUUGUUCCGUGGAACCGACCACAUGUCCAAGCGAAACUUUCUUUCCAUCGGAACCUGGGUUGGCCUUGCCACGUUAUUGUGGCUUCUUGCAUGGAUUAUUGCGGAGGCAAUCCCGGUGUUCAACAACCUCUUGAGUUUGAUUACUGCUCUGUUUGCCAGCUGGUUCACUUACGGGCUCAGCGGCGUGUUUUGGCUCUAUUUGAACUAUGGCAAAUAUACGUCAUCACCGAGAAAGAUUUUCCUCACUGGUCUCAACAUAUUCGUCUUUUGUGCCGGUGCUGCAAUUUGCGGUCUGGGCCUGUACGUCUCGGGGAGGGCGAUACAUGAGAGUUCUAGCGGGUCGGCGUUCUCGUGCGCAAACAACGCUUGA